AUUAACCAACCUUUUCAGUGCUGAAGACUCGAUGUCAGCGUGACGUGUGGUUUGGAGGAGGAACUUCGUCCUACUUCUGUGCGAGAGCCACAGUUUUCGCCAUUAAUAACAGUUUCGUACUUGGUAGUUUGAAACUUCGACCUGAGAGUAUCCCAAGCCAAGCAGUCUGCUGGAGAAUUUACCAGGAAGGAAGAUCCUUGCCACGAUGGAUUUGAACGACGAGGGCUCCCACUUCGAGCUCAAGGAGAUUCAGACACUUAGUGGUCACACCGAUAGGGUUUGGAGUCUGGCCUGGAAUCCGGCCACCGGAACUGACGACACGCAGCCGGUUAUUGCUUCCUGUAGCGGCGAUAAGACUGUCCGAAUCUGGGAACGGAGUGCCUUGACUCGUUCUUGGGACUGCAAGGCAGUUUUGGAAGAAACACAUACUAGAACAGUUCGAUCGUGUACCUGGUCCCCUUCUGGGAAAUUAUUGGCUACAGCCAGCUUCGAUGCGACCACUGCCAUUUGGGAGAAUGUUGGGGGUGAUUUUCAAUGUGUUUCCACUUUAGAGGGUCAUGAAAAUGAAGUCAAAAGUGUGUCUUGGAAUGCGUCUGAAUCUCUAUUGGCGACGUGUAGUCGAGACAAAACUGUUUGGAUUUGGGAAGUGAUGCCAGGGAAUGAAUUCGAGUGUGCUUCAGUGCUGCAGGGCCACACACAAGAUGUUAAGAUGGUUAAGUGGCAUCCAACCAUGGAUAUUCUAUUUUCCUGUAGCUAUGAUAAUACCAUUAAGGUAGUCUGGGCUGAGGAUGAUACUGGUGAUUGGCACUGCAUUCAGACCAUAGGUGAAUCUAGCAAUGGCCACUCUUCUACUGUUUGGGCCAUUUCUUUCAACGCUGAAGGGAACAAAAUGGUUACAUGUAGUGACGAUCUUACCUUAAAAGUAUGGGAAGCAGAUAUUGAGGGAAUGAGAUCUGGUGAUGAUCAAGUACUUUGGAAACAUAUUUCUACACUCACAGGGUAUCAUGAUCGUACAAUCUUUUCAGUUCACUGGUCAAGGGAAGGUAUUAUAGCCAGUGGAGCAGCAGAUGAUGCCAUUCGGUUUUUUGUUGAAAGCAAAGACAGUGCGGUAGUUGGCCCUUCUUAUCGAUUGUUGUUGAAGAAGGAAAAAGCCCAUGAUAUGGAUGUAAACGUAGUGCAAUGGAGCCCCGGGGAAAAUCGGGUGUUGGCUUCUGCAAGUGAUGAUGGCACGAUAAAGAUAUGGGAAUUAGCAACCAAUAGUACUUGAUGAACAUACAGAGUCUUUUAAUCUGUGCAUGAUCAAGCAUCAAUGGUGUUGUAUUAUUUAUCUGAACUGGGAGAAUUGUUGUUCCAUUCUACCGAAAGCUAUCUCGUUAUGAGAUUAUACAGCUCAAAUAGCUGUUAGGUCCAAAGUAUAAUCUCCUACACUGCUUUCUUAUUGUUUCGACUCAUCCUCAAAUGUAACAAAUCGACCAAAACUAUAGCAGAACUGCAAUUCGAGUCGGUAAGCUGAAGCAAGUUUCUAUAUUCACUGUGACUAAAGCAUUGCUCUUCUCGUACUUUUUUCCUGUGCUGAAAUUUGUUUCAUAGUAAAUUAACAAGUAGAUGUGUGUUCAAUACAUGGAAGGGAAAACUCUCAUUGUGAAGAAGUAUGAAGAUGCCAACAAAUACA